AUGGGUAUUAUUGAGAAGAUAGCACAGAUUCAAGAAGAGUUAGCGAGGACGCAAAAGAACAAGGCCACGGAGUAUCAUAUUGGUCUACUAAAAGGUAAGCUUGCACGAUAUCGGCGAGAAUUACUUGAACCGCAACCAGGACAAGGCUCCUCUGGAGGAGGCCAAGGUUUUGAGGUUGCUAAAGCGGGAGAUGCUAGAGUAUCGUUGAUUGGGUUCCCGUCUGUUGGUAAAUCCUCGUUUUUGUCCAAAGUGACCAGCACCAAAUCUGAAGCUGCUAAUUACGAGUUCACCACUUUGACAUCGGUUGGAGGAAUAUUGGAAUAUAAUGGAGCCGAGGUUCAAAUUGUAGAUUUGCCCGGUAUUAUCAAAGCAGCCGCGCAGGGUAAAGGAAGAGGCCGUCAAGUCAUUGCCGUGUCUAGAACCUCAGACUUGAUUUUGAUGGUUUUGGAUGCUACUAAAAGUGAAGAUCAACGGCAAAUAUUGGAGAAUGAGUUGGAAUCGAUGGGGAUAAGAUUGAACAAACUGAGACCAAAUGUAACAAUCACGUUGAAGAAGACAGGCGGUGUAAAGAUGAACUCAAUCAUACCGCCUAAAUACCUCGAUGAAAAACUCGUUUGUGCCAUUUUGAAGGAUUACAAGAUAUUGAACGCACAUGUGCUAAUAAGAGAUGAAAAUGUCACGGUAGACGACUUUAUCGAUGUGAUAAACGAGAAACAUAUAUCCUAUAUCAAAUGUCUUUACGUUUACAAUAAGAUUGACGCUGUUAGUUUGGAAGAGUGCGAUAGACUUGCAAGGGAGCCAAAUACCGUUGUCAUGUCUUGCGAGUUAGAUUUAGGUAUCGAAGAUUUGAAAGAGGAGAUAUGGAGGCAGUUGGAUUUGUUGAGGUUAUACACUAAACGAAGAGGAGUAACGCCCAAUUUGAACGACCCUAUGGUGGUGAGGAAUAAGAGUACGGUAUUGGAAGUGUGUGAUGCAAUCCAUAGGGAUAUGAAGAACCAGUUUAAGUAUGCUAUGGUUUGGGGAUCGAGCGCUAAACACUCGCCGCAGAAAUGUGGAUUGAACCACCCAGUGCAUGAUGAAGAUGUGGUACAAAUUGUUACUAAAUAG